AACACAUCCAGCCAUUCGCAAGAAAAAACGUGGAAAUGAUUACCAAGAACGAUGUGAUAAUGUGGUUUAGAGCCCUUGAGAGCUAUAAGCGCAUAGACACUAUGUGCACCCUGCUCAAUAUGUGUUUGCCAUUUGAGUUACGCUUCCUGGGCACCUGCCUGGAGGAGUUGGGCCGGAGAGAUUCCCAGGAGCUGAGAGGUAUGGAGCUAAGGGCCAAUAACCCGCAAGAUUUGGCAACGGACAUGAUUGCCUGUCAAAAGGGCGAGCCAACCGAUAUGAAGGUACGUCGUAAAAUGGCCCUGUAUUUGGCUCUAAUACGAGCCUGUAAUCGUACCAAUGUCACCGAAAUAUUUCGCACCCUUGAGUCAUGGGGUGAGCUGGAUUUUUCCACAAUGACUGAUAUUGAUACACUAAAGGAGCUGCUGUUGGUCUAUACCAUGGCGGCAAAUCAUCCGGUAUUUGAAUUUGAACAACAUCUGAAAUUUAUGAAGAUUUUUGAAAAAAUCAAAGAAAAUAAAUUGGUAGCUGAUCCACCGCCAUCAACAUCACCGCCACCACAAUCAUCAUCGUGCAACACCACACAGCAGCAACAGCAGCAGCCGCAGCAGCAGCAACAACCCGCUAUCCAUCCACAAACAGCCCAUCAAUCUGCCACAACCAUGGACAACCAAACGCUGCCUAUGACUCCACAACAACAACAAAUGCACCAACAUCCUCCUCCACCGUCCCAACAGGAAUUGAUGCAGCAACAUGUUUUACAUGCUGCCCUGCAUGCAACCGGUCAACAUCAUCAGCUAUUGGCACCGACACCUAUGCAAAUGCUUGCCCAGGGUACAAUACCGCUUAGUUAUCCCCAGAGUCAUUUGGCCAAGGUAAACUACGUAUAUUUAAUACCACCCACAGAUGGCACCACUUUACAACAUCAACUAGUUGAUGGCCUUCCGCCACAUAUGCUCUCCUCCAACAUCAUUCCAGACGCCAGCAAUGGUGGUGCUGCCACAAUUCUAACACAUCCCAAUGCAGCAACAUGGGCCAUGCGACAAUAUCAUCAGGCGCCAACGCAAACCAUGGAUCAUCCACCACAAGCCUCGUCGCCAAUGUUGAGCCAACAGUCGUCACCAUCGAGUAGUCGUGCCACAAGUCCCAAUCGUACAUCGUCAUGCGAUAGCGGUGGCGGUCUAAUGCAGCAACAACAACAACAUCAGCCAUCACAAAAUCCCUCCCAGACACGUAACAUGUCACAACGUUUAGCGGGUAUGAAGAAUAUAGGUAUAAGACGUCCAUCGGCUGAGACAACACCACCACCACAGAUGACCCAAAUGGGUGGAGGUGAAUUGAUAAUGCCCACGAGUAUGAAACAUAUACAGGAGGUGGUUAUGAACAAUGAAACAACUGGAAAUCAAUUACAAAAUCUAAUACGCAAUGGUUUUACCCGGUCCGGCAAUCAUCCGCGCAUUAAGGCCAACACCUAUAUACCACCACAUCAGCAGCAGCAACAGCAGCAACAACAACAAUCGCCAGUCAACCAACAUUAUCAGGGUAAUUUUGCUGUCAAUGCCGGUCUAACAUAUGCCAUGCAAAAUAUGUCCAUGUCUGAUAUGUCAUCCAGUGGCCAUCACAGCAUGGAUGGCAGUAGCACUAUGACAAGUAUGAAUUCCAACAAAAGUACGGGCAGUGAUUCUGGUAGUUCCAUUGGUUCAUCCGGUGAAAUAUCACCACCGGAAACACCCACGCUUAUGAUGAGCAAUGCCACAACAAAUCCCGCCAUGCGAGGUGGUGAUGGCCAACAGUCACAGCAGCAGCAGCAACAACCAACACAGAAACAUCAUCAGCCCUCACAGUUGAGUUAUAACAAACAGAUGGGCCUACAACGUUUAAAUGGCCGAUCUGAAAAAAUGUCCUCCGCUGGUGGUGGUGGAAAUAAUGUGAUGUCCAACAGUGCUAUACUCUAUGCCCAGACAGCUCAGCAACAGCAGCAGCAACAACAACAGCAACAGCAGCAACAGUCAGCCAAUCAACAAGCCAUAUAUGCCGAAAUGAUGUUGGGCCCGGGCCCGGCAAAUGUCGGCUCCACAAAUGUCAUGCAAACCUCCAUGACCAACAACAAUCCCGGUGGCAAUCCUGCAGCAAAUGUGGUUUCCAGCAACAACAACAUGGUGGGUAAUAACACCGUGCUAAUCAGUUCACCCUCGGCCGCGGCUGGUACAGCAGCCACACUGGGCAAUGUCCUGUCAACGAAUUCGGUGUUGUUGCAAUCGGCCCACCAGCAACAGCAAUACAAUGCCACAUAUCCUUAUCAUGCGGCAGCAGCUGCUGCAGCUCAACAUUUGGCCGCGACAACACGUCCGCAAAUUAUGACCCACAAUCCCGGUAUGGCGCCGCCACCACACAGCACUUUCCGUGUGCCUAGUUUUCAGCUGCCACCCAAUGGCGGUGAACUGCUGUAUCAAACCUAUCAUCCACCUGGUAUAGCAUUUUUGUCGGGAGCUCCAGCACCGCCACCCGGUGCCCCACCUGGUAGCCUGAGGAGUACGAAUAGUGGAGCCGCUGUCAACCAACCGCCACCAACGCCACAACAAAUUCCAGCGCCAACAGGACAGCAGCAGGCGGCGGGGCAACCGCCACAGCUGCAACAGACACCACAAGCCACAGUUCUAGCCUCACCCUACAGUUCACUAAGUGUGAGUUUAAGUACGAAACCCCUGUCCUGCUACAACUGCGGUUCACAGACCCACAGUGGGCGGGAAUGCCAGGAGGCGUCGAUGGACGAUGUGACACGUAGCGCCAUUUAUAAAUUAGACUAUUCACAGGCAGCGUCGGGAGCGGGGGCGGGAACACCAAGUGCGGCUGCCUCCACACCUGCCAAUGCCUCCUCCAAUCAGCAGCAACAACAACAAUCUGUAAGCAACAGUGCAUCAGAAUCUUCAAUAUCGUCGUCGGGAACAACGACGCAUCAUAAAAGUCAUGACAGCAGCGCUGUUAAUUCCCUGUCAUCAUCGUCAUCGGUGGCAUCGGCGUCCUCUGUUUCAAAUACAACGCUGGCAGCGGCGGCCACAGCGACAGCGGGGGCAAAAUGAAGGGACAACACGAAC